AUGGCGUCUGACCCGGCGAGCCUCACUUGUGAGCAUUGCGGAGAUACGUUCCUGCGGAGAGAGCACUGGGCUCGGCAUAUGCGAAGGCAUUCUGGUAUCAAGCCAUUCCAGUGCGAGGUUUGCUCCAAGUCUUUCGCUCGGAGGGACACCCUCGUGCGCCACAGUAGCAUUCACCACCAUGGAGAUCAGAUACCAAACAUACCGCGCCGCUGCGUCCAAGCUUGUCUUUCCUGUGCCCGGCUCAAGCAGCGUUGUCGGGGCGGCUUGCCAUGUGCGCGCUGCCAGCAAGCCGGAACAAAGUGCACGUAUAGCCAAGGAAAGGCCACAAGUGUCAGAGAUUUCUCCUCUCGAACGAGCGAAACACUCACUACUCGUGUUGAUGCUGUGAUGAGCAGCCCAGCUCCACUUGAUCAAUAUCCUAGUGAUGCCAAUAGUCAAUCAUCCGGGCUUCACGUGAUGAAUAGGCAGCCACUAGAGGCCCCUGAGCAGACUGCUUUGUAUCACAAUACCAGCAACCCCACCGGCAGCUCUGCCAUUGACAGUCAAGGCCGCCUCUCAUUUUCUCCUAUAGUGGCCUCGCACCCAACUCCCAUGCCUGCUACCUUUACCCCUUCGUCGCUGGAAAAUGGUGCUGCUCUCUUUACAUCCGAUCAAUGGGACUCCUCUUUGUCCCACUAUGGAGACACAGCGAUGGACGAGUUUGCAGCCGGUUGGGACCCUAUGACGGCUUGCUUUCCAUUCUGGCUGGUACCCGAGGGACUGGGAGACGUCCUUGAUACUCCAUGUGAUAUCAGAAAUCACAACCAGCAGUGCAGCGUCGAGACACUUAGCCACCCCCCAGAUUAUCGCAUGCAAAGCCAAGAACCACUUACGAAAUUUCUACGCAACGCAAUGCCAGGACAGCACAUCGUGUUUUGUUCCUAUACACCUUGUACAGGCCUUUGUCGAUCUCUACUUCGAGUAUUUUGA